AUGACCAGUUAUUGUUUGGCCAUGAAAUCUCGGAUUGAGGAAAAGCCAUCUCUAACAAAAUACUCACUCAUUACCUUUUUCAGUGAAACACUUGGUGGUGCUCUUUUCAGUGCUGUCCUUCAGAUGCUAUUUGACAGGGUGGAUUCCCGCCAAGUUCUCGACUACUUUUGUGGAAGAAAGCUGGAUGAGAAGCUGCUGAGAAAGUUGAAGAGGAAGCUGGUGUCCAUCAAGGCUGUGGUUGAUGAUGCAGAACAAAAGCAGUUCAGAAAUGCAUGCGUGAGAGCAUGGCUUCAUGAGGUCAGAGACGUGUUGCUUGACACUGAGGAUCUGCUUGAUGAAAUAGACUCGAAUUCUCCAGGUGUGAGUUGGAAGCUGAAUCCCAUCAGAAUAGGUCUAGCAAGAAGUCUUGAUGACCAAGAAUCUCUUAUAAACCAAAAGGAUGAUCUAGGUUUGAAAAGUGCCGAUAGAGUUGGGAUAGGGUUGGAUGAAUUUGAUGUUUUGACAGUAACAAAAGCAAUUAUUGGGGAAAUCACUAAAUCAAAAGAUGAUAGUGAAGACCUACAAAUGGUUCAAGGAAGAUUGAAAGAAAAACUGAUUGGGAGGAAAUUUCUUGUCGUUCUGGACGAUGUCUGGAACGAAGGCCGACAGAAAUGGAAAACUUUCCAAACUCCUCUCAAUUAUGGGGCUAAGGGAAGUAAAAUUCUGGUUACCACACGCAGUAUGAAAGUUGCUUCGAUCGUGCAAUCGAGUGAAGAACAUGAACUGAAGCAAUUAGGUGGAGAUCACAGCUGGCAAGUUUUUGCUAAACAUGCAUUCCAAGAUGACAAUCCGCAGAUGAGUGCUGAGCUGAAGGAGAUUGGAACAAAGAUAGUUGAGAAGUGCAAAGGAUUGCCUCUAGCCUUGGAAACAGUUGGAUCUCUUUUGCGCUCCAAGUCAUCUGUUUCAGAAUGGAAAAGUAUAUUGAGAAGCGAGAUAUGGGAGUUCCCUGAAGAAGAUAGUAAAAUCAUCCCUGCUUUAUUGUUGAGCUAUUACCAUCUUCCUUCUCAUCUCAAGAGAUGUUUCUCUUACUGUGCCAUAUUUCCUAAAGAUCAUAAAGUAAGUCUCCAGAAGAAGUUGAUGGACAGUACUUUAAUGAUCUAUUAUCAAGGUCCUUCUUUCAACGACCCAGCAGAGGCUACGAAUCGUCUAGAGGUACCUGACACUAUAGGUGAUCUUAUACAUCUUCGGUCUUUAAACCUUUCAAGGACUGCCAUUAAAAAUCUGCCUCACUCAAGAUGUUCACUGUAUAACUUAGAAACAUUGAGGCUGAACUAUUGUUUGAAUUUGAAGGAGAUGCCCUCGGAUUUGCAUAAACUCACCAAUUUGCAUCAUCUUGAACUUACGGGAAAUAGUUUGACAAAGGUGCCAAUAUAUAUGGGAAAAAUGAUGAAUCUUCAAAUAUUGAUGACUCCGUUCAAUGUUGGCAUAAGUAGCGAGUUACAUAUCCAACAGUUAGGAGAACUCAGUCUUCAUGGGGAGAUUUUAAUUAAGGAUCUGCAAAAUACUGUAAAUCCCUUGGAUGCUUUGGCAGCAGAUUUGAAGAAUAAAGCACUUCUGGUACAGCUAAAUUUACAAUGGGAUUCGAAGAGGAGCCUUGAUAAUUCAAUGAAAGAAAGAGACGUACUUGAGAAUCUGCAACCUUCCAAACAUUUGAAGCAGUUGUCAAUCAACGAGUAUGGUGGCACACAAUUUCCUCUUUGGUUAUCAGAUAAUUCAUUAUCGAAUGUGGUGUCCUUAACCUUGAAGAACUGUAAACAUUGCCUAUGGUUGCCUUCCCUUGGACUUUUGAUAUUUCUUAAGCACCUGGAAAUUAUGGGACUUGAUUGUAUGGCGAGGAUUGAUGCUGAUUUUUACGGGAAUAGCUCUUCUUCGAGCUUUCCCAAAUCUUCAAAGUCUUGCUGUGAAGAGAUGUCCCAAGCUGAAAGGCACUUGCCAGAGCAACUUUCUCAUUUAAAGGAGCUACUUGUUGAGGACUGCAAACAACUUACGACUCUUGCUCCCAGGACCCCCGAAAUUUGUGAAUUACACCUGCGAGCCUGUGGAAAGCUUCAAAUCGAUCAUCAUUCAACUACUUUGAAAAGGCUCGAGAUUGAGGGUGAGAACAUGGAGGCAUCGUUGCUUGAAAGGCUUGGGCAUAUCAUAUCUCAUAAUCCUCUUUAA